CUCGGAACUCGGCCACCACGCGUUCCACCAUGAGAUUACCCUCCUGCUGAAUGACGCCGUACUGAGGAAGGCUUCAUAGCAGAGGUUCCCUAUCCCAUGCGUAUCUGUAUUACCACAAAGGUAGGAAGCAGUCGACCUCGUUCCUUUCAAUAAGAUGCAUUUUGCCAGUUUGGCGGCCAUCUGCGCUGCGGUUUCUGCACCUUUUCUCUCGACACGCCUUGUAAAUGGCAUCUCCUUGACCCCAGAGGGUAGGGUUUUCCUAGUCUUUCAACGCGUCGACAACUCCACCGGCCUAACUAUUGUGGAGUAUAAUCGGACGACCAAUACGUCUACUGCCUAUCCGAAUGCGGUGUGGAACAACUAUACCAGUGGCGCAGACCCAGGCUCGAACUUCGUUGGUGCAAAUGCGCAGCGUAUUGGACCAGAUGGGAACUUAUACGUUGUCGACACUGGUCAGGUUGGUGGUAGCGGUCCUGUGCUGCUUCCAUACGGACCAAAGCUUCUUCAAAUCAACGUGACGACCAACACCGUAACGCGCAUCUAUCCCAUGGGCAACGCAACAAGCUCCAGCAGCCACCUGGAUGAUGUGCGCUUUCACAACGUAACAGGCAAGGCUUACCCUACGGACGCCGGCUACCCUGGCUUGAUAGUUUUGAAUUUGGCCAGCGGUGAUACACGAAGAGCCUUGUCGAACGAUCUUUCCACUCGGGAGUACAUGCCGGCCUCUGCAACCUGCUAUACACCAUGGCUCGAAGUGCUUCCCGACGGCCAGUGGCUGUACUACGAGCCCUCGUCUGGCGGUAUGAGUAGAAUCGAGACCAAGUGGCUCGAUGGUGCAUUCUAUAAUAGCACCUUGAAUGACAACAGCAUCUUGGACAGAUAUGUACAGCCUUUCGCCCAUACACCGUCUACAGGCGACACUGCCAUUGACGCUCAGGGCAACGUAUACAACAGCGAUAUUGACAGCCAGCGAGUGGUCAAGAUCAACCCCAACGUCGACGCGAUGUGGAUAGACAGGAAUGGCACACUGUGGAUGCCAGCUAACCAGUUGAAUCGUGGCACUGGAUAUAACAACGGAACCAGUCGAAUCGUCAAGCCGCUUGAUAUUUUCACCAUCCACAUCGGCAUCGGCCCUUCGCCUAUCAACCACGCUUGAUAGUGCAGGAGGUUGUCUACCUUACAUACUAUUCGACAGGCGAAAUUUUAACCGAGAUAGCAGCUACCUGGGUCGGCUCCGUUAGCAUGUCAUCCAGGCUCUCAUCCCGCAAUAUCGUUAAAUCGCCCAAAUCCAGCGUACAUACGAGUCAAUCAACUAGCAGAUAGCACUCGAACAUCCGGUCCAUCUCUUCCGCCAUCAAUCGUUCAGCAUCGCUCAUAUAACACUAAGAUCUUCUUGCGGGGAAUUGAUAUAGGGAUGAUACGGGUUUGGAAGAAGUUGUGUAUCUUAGCUUGGGUAACUAUAUCUUUUAC